AUGACAGUGAAUCAUAUGUUUACCCAAAAAGUGGCAAAAGUAGACAGAGGGAUGUUGGCUUCUUACAAGAUAGCAAAUUUGAUUGCAAAAGCAGGUAAGCCUCAUACUAUCGGUGAAUCUCUGAUCAUGCCGGCAGUGGCUGUAGUGCUUUCAACAGUCAUGAAUCAGAGUCCACAAGAGGUAACUAGUGUUAUUCCUCUGAGCAACUCCUCAGUAUCACGCCGUAUUGAUGAGAUGGCAGCUGAUGUUGAAAACCAAUUAAUCUCAAAACUGCAGGUGAAUGAUUUCUCGCUUCAACUCGACGAAUCAACUUUACCUGAUAAUUCUGCUCUUUUGAUGGCAUUUGUGAGGUUUCUUGAUGUAGAUGAAAUAUGUCAAGAAAUGCUUUUCGCAUUGAAAUUAACGACUGACACUAAAGGAGAAUCCAUCUUCAAAAAACUUGAGGUCUAUUUUGAGGAGAACAACAUUCCACUCAAGAACAUUGUGGCUUGUGCAACAGAUGGCGCUGCUGCUAUGAUAGGAAGAUAUCGGGGAUUCAGUGCUUACUUAAAAAAAGCUGUUCCUAAUGUCGUUUGUGUGCACUGUGUUGUUCACCGGCAGCACCUGGUUGCCAAAAACCUAGCAGGACGUCUUCAUGAAGCACUUGGGCAUGUUAUCAAGGCUGUCAACUUGAUAAAAAGUAGUGCACUGAAAGAUCGCCUCUUUCAGCAAUUAUGUGAAAAGAACAAUGAGGAAUUUUGA